AAUAUCUGGCAGUGAUCGAACAGGUUAUUUUCCUGCAGCAGGCUAGCUUCUCUUUAUCUGUCUGUGGAAAUUAAGCUGAAACCCACCACGGGUUGAGGAAGAAGAAGAAAUGUUCAGAAUGAGUCAAUGGAGGCUCCUCAUCUUCGUCCAGUUCAUCUCUCUGUUAAUAUGUUCAGAGGGGAAAAUAUCCAGCAUCCAAAGAAAUAUUUUUUCAUCAUCUACUCCUCCAACGUCGAAACCUCCUACUAGGGCUCCUACGCUUGAGGCUGCAACUUCCACGAUUUCGCCAGCAUCUCCCACUCUAAGCACCAACUGGUGUAUUGCUGGAGAAAAUGCUUCCCCAGAUGAUUUACAAAGAGCCUUAGACUUUGCGUGUAACACGAAUAAAACUGGUGUUGAUUGUGCAGACAUACAGCCUGGUGGAAACUGCUUCAUUCCCAACACCCUAAAAAACCAUGCCUCCUAUGCUAUGAAUCUCUAUCAUCAGAUCAAUCACAAUCUUUCUGACAGCUGCAGUUUUGGUGGGGUUGGGUUCAUAACCACCGUUGACCCGACUGAAUCACUCGUUAAAACAACACCCAUUAUCCAAAAUAGUUUCAACGCGUCCCAGAAUGCUACUAGUUUACCAUGUCGUUAUCUACCAACAAGCACAAGUGCAUCAGGGUUUAACAACACUUCAUUAAGUGGAACUUUUGGUGGAACUAUUGGAUCUGGACCUAACAGAGCCCCCUCAUCAUAUUCCUCAACUGCUUCUGCACGAAUUAGCUGCUUACAGAUGUGUUAUUCCAUGAUGUUAGCAUUUCUUAUGAUGAUAUGCCUGGCGCGCGGAUGAUCGUUAAUUGUCAUAUUGGUCAAAUUGCAGUUAAUUAUGAUCAUUUCCUUUUGCUGCAAAACUGAAGACUUAAUUGGAUGGUUCUCACAAUUCACACACAGAAAUAUACUCCGUCCUUAUUAGUUAUUACUAUAUAUAUAUAUAUAUGGAAAGCCCAAUGUAUACUGCCGGGCUUAAUUUCAUGUUUCCAGAUGGAUUGUGCAUUCAUUAUGUAUUGAUACGUACUCCCUUUGUAUGUUUUUUACUUAACUUCAUGUGUUGAUAUCGUUAUUGUUAAUUUAA